CUAUUUUGCAACUCUCUUCCAUGUCUAUUUGUAUUUUUUUUUUCUUUCCUUUUUGAUUUUGAUCCUUCUUCUUCCUUCUUCUUGCUUCCUUUACUUUCCACAAAUCAAUUCAAAGCCCCAAGCUCUAUUUCUCUUUCAUCUCCCUUAUAUUUCAUCUUUGUCUGUGUGCGUCUGAAUUCUUGUUGUUCGGUCUUGCUACCUUCUCCCCCUCUCCCUUGCUUCAUCUGUAUCUGUACCUCUGUCUCUCUAUAAACAUGAGCGGCGGUUCUAGGGUUUCAAUCCCGAACAAUGUGCGCAAAACAAUCCAGAAUAUCAAAGAGAUCGCGGGGAACCACAGCGAGGAGGAGGUAUAUGCAAUGCUCAAGGAGUGCUCGAUGGAUCCCAAUGAAACUGCACAGAAGCUCUUGUUUCAAGAUACAUUUCAUGAAGUCAGAAGGAAACGUGACAAGAGAAAAGAGAAUGUGAAUAGGGAGCCUGCUGAUUCUAGAUGGAGACCAAGCAUGCAAGGGCGAGGGGGUAGGGGGGUUGGUCGGGGGAAUUAUUCUCCUCGUUACAUCUCACAUGAUGCUGGUGGUGGGAAGAGCACUAUUACUGGGAAGGAAAAUGGUGUCAAUCAAGGCACAGAGAGAGGUUUAGGUGUUACAUCCUCUUCAGUGCCUCCAUCUCAGGAGACAGAAAGCAAAACAGUAACUCCUGGGUCAAGCUCUGUGAAUGUCAUGGCAAAUGGCUCUGCCGAUAUAACUGUCAGGGAUCCCAGUCAUGGCCAUGCCUCCCAAUUGCCCCCAGGCAGUGGAAUCAACUCACCUGAAGAAAGUUCAGUAGUUGAUGCUAAUAAGUUAGUUAGUGCACCACCAGCACUGCAUGGUGAUUCAAAAAUCAUCCCUGUGUCUGGAAUUGGAGUUGAAUGUGUGCACCCUGCACCAAGUCCUGACAUGUCUCUAGCAUCUGGGUCAGUGGUAUAUUCCUCAGAUUCAGAUCCUGUACUGAUUCCAUCCUUUGAAUCACGACUUCCUGGUGCACCGGGUACAGUUAAAUGUGAAGUACGGAGUCAGUGUGCAGUAAUUGAACAGAGUGCUAAAGAUCCUGCUGAGAGCAAAUCAAGUGCCUCUCAGGACUUCACCAACCAUCUUCUGAUGAACAAACUUGUAUCUUGUGAGAUGACUGACCCUGAGUUGUCUUCAUCCAUAGAUGAAAAAACAACUUCAAUUGGGAACACCAUACCUGUAAAGAUUUCAAGCAAGCACCAGGGAGCUGAAAGGAAUCAACUACCGGAGUCAUCGGAACCUUCAUCUUCAUCUACCUAUGGUGGCUCUUCGGCUAGUAGGCCCUCUUCUAACUACAAUAACCGGCCACAGCAACUUAUUGGGUCUCAGAAAGCAGUUGGCACCAAUAAGGAGUGGAAACCAAAGCCUAUAAAUUCUGCUCAAUCAUCUGGAGCUGUUGGAACAAGUGAGAUUCAGUCCAUCACAGUUGAAGCCGUUUCUUGUUCACUGCCUGCAAUGUGUUCCUUUGCCUCAGAGGAUCAAACUUCAAAAUUACAGCAGAAGAUAGGAGAGUUGCAUCUGUCAGAUAGUCAACAUGUUAUCAUUCCACACCAUCUACAAGUCCCCGAAGAUCAAAGAAGUGGGUUGAGUUUUGGAAGCUUUGAUGCUGGUUUUUGCCUGAGCACAAGCUAUGCCAAUGGCCCUGAGAGCAAUAAAAGUUCCACACCUCCAUCUGAAUCCUCUCAGGGGAUUGAGGAAACUGUUGAGGAGCCUUCCUCAAGCAAUCAGAAUGCGUCUUCAACUGUUCAACAAGAAGAUUAUCUUGAUAAUCCACAGUCACCUGGACACAUGCCAGAAAAUCUAUCUUCACGGGAAGCUGAAGUAUCAUCUACUGCAGUCACAGAAUAUGAUCAGUCAAAGCCAGAGACAGCUUUGCCAUCUGGUGGUCCUCAAUAUUCAGUUGUUCACACUGCCCCAACCUACAGCUUUGGGUUCAUGCCAUCCAUGCUAGGGAACCAGCUUGCACCAUUUGAAAGCUCUGAGUCUCAGGUUCAACAGCCAUUUGAUCCGUCAACAAGCUAUUAUACCCAAUUUUAUCGGCCAGGUGCAGAUAUUGAUGGCAGAUUCUCUCCCUUUCUUGCACCUGGAGCUGUGACCAAGUACAAUGGGAAUAUUACAGUGUUAUCCCCACAGACUGGUCAAUGUCCACAAGAGAGCGGGAAUUCUCUUGUCUUGUCUACAGGGGGUCCUACCCCCAUUGUGACACAAGCUGCAGGAGUUAUGCAGAGCUCUAUUUCUGUGACUCAGCAACCAGUUCCUGUUUUCCGGCAGCCUGCUGGGGUACACAUAUCCCAUUAUCCUCCUAGCUACCUGCCAUACAGCCAGUACUUCUCUCCAUUCUAUGUACCACCUCCUAUUCACCAUUUUUUAAGCAACACUGCUUUCCCUCAACAACCACCAGCAGGAAAUUUAUAUCCACCUCCUGCAGUGGCAGCAGCAGCUGCAACAAGUGUCAAAUACUCCUUUUCACAAUACAAGCCUGGAGCUAAUACAGGCAACUCAACGCACAUUGCAAUGCCAACUGGAUAUGGACCAUACAGCUCCUCCCCAGCUGGUUACAGUCCCAGUCCAGCUGUGACUACUGGAAACUCAACCGGAAAUGAGGACCUUGGAGGCUCACAGUUCAAGGAAAAUAGUGUCUACAUGACUGGACAGCAGAGUGAAGGUUCGGCUGUCUGGAUUCCUGCACCAGGUAGAGACAUUCCCAGCUUGCAGCCAAGUUCUUUCUACAACCUUCCUCCUCAGGGGCAGCAUGUGACAUUUGCUCCCACACAGGGAGGCCAUGGUGCUUUUGCUGGAAUGUUUCAUGCUGCACCGGCAGUGGCCACCGCAACUGUUCACCCACUGUUACAACAGUCUCAGACAAUGGCUGGAGCUGUGGAAAUGGUAGGACCCCCAACUGGUGUUUAUCAACCUCAACGUGCACAGAUCAAUUGGACCAAUAAUUACUGAGAUUAGAGAAACUCCUAUUGGCGGCUGAUAAAACAAAAAUAUAAAUCAAUCUCAGGAUAUUUUUGAGAGAGCUCUGAUGGGGGUAAUCGGGAAGAAUGUAGGACUCACCCUAAUUUGAGUGUACAUAUAUAUAUGAAAUGUGGUUAUGGAAUUAUGGGCAAUUGUUGUGCUGGAGGAUUGGAUGGUGAUUUUCACCUGACUGAUAUUGACCAUUUAAAGCUAGUUCUGGGAGGUUGUGUAGGUCCUUGCGUUGUUGGUAUUCUUUUCCUUCUUGUCUUGCCCCUUCGUUUUUGACUUAUUAUCUUCCUAAAUUAGGUGAAAAGAAGUUCACUUAGGCUUUUAUUUUUGUUCUCUUUACUCUUUGAGGUGAUCUCUUAGGAUAUUGGAAGGUAAGAUACAUAUUUUUUCUUUUUUGUUGUCCACUUUCUUACCUGUAAAGUAAAUUUUGAUAGUAAGGAGUGAUCAACGAUGUAUUUUAUUACACUGUUGUAAUGGGUAUUAGAGAAAGUAGCACUUGCAUUUCUUUCAA